AUGCCGCUUUCAAAUGAGGAAAAAGCCGAACAGGCUCGUUGUGCUGCUAAACUGAGUCCGACGCACUGGGACAUAUUUGUCCGUCUCACGACCGAGGAAGCGAAGAACCUUCGGAAAGAUGAUCCCAAUAAAACAUGGAAGGAUGUUGAUAAGGGCCAGAGGGAAAAGGCUCUCGAGAAUAUCAACUCGAAGCUUGUGGAAAAGGAUAUCCCUACAGUCAACUUAGAGGUUGUCGCGUGGCGCAUCAGCAGAGCGUUGCGUCGCCUGAAGCAUGAGGGCACGUACAGCCAUUCGCCCCGCUGA